GGCUCGGCGCGCCGCGGAGCUGCGGCUGUUCCUGCUGCUGGCGGGGGGAGCGGCGAGGUGGCCGCCUUGCGCCUCCCCGGACUUCCCAAGUGGGGGCAGAGCAGCCGCUCACCGAGCCGCCAGUUAGAAGGCUCAGGGAAAGAGGGACCGCCAAACUCCUCCUCAGCGUCUCCUCUCCACCCCCUUUUGGCUCCUGCCCUUGGAGAAAGUGGAGUGUGGCUCUUGGUUAUCAUUAUUUCUUCGGACUGCUUCGUGGUGCACGGAUUCAGCUGCUUCCCAGUGGGGUUUUCCGCUGUUGGCGCGUCUCUCUGUGUGGUUCCUGCCGGCACACCUCUGUCGACGAUGAGGAAAGGUCUACGGGCGACAGCGGCCCGCUGCGGACUGGGACUGGGAUACGUGCUGCAAAUGCUCGUGCUACCUGCCCUGGCCCUGCUCAGUGCCAGCAGUACCGGCUCGGCCGCUCAAGACGAUGACUUUUUUCAUGAACUCCCAGAAACCUUUCCAUCCGAUCCACCUGAACCUCUACCACAUUUUCUUAUUGAGCCUGAAGAAGCUUAUAUUGUGAAGAAUAAACCUGUGAACUUGUAUUGUAAAGCCAGCCCCGCCACCCAGAUCUACUUCAAGUGCAAUAGUGAAUGGGUUCAUCAGAAGGACCACAUAGUAGAUGAGAGAGUAGACGAAACCUCUGGUCUCAUUGUCCGGGAAGUGAGCAUUGAGAUUUCGCGCCAGCAAGUCGAAGAACUCUUUGGGCCUGAAGAUUACUGGUGCCAGUGUGUGGCCUGGAGCUCAGCGGGCACCACAAAGAGCAGGAAGGCCUAUGUGCGCAUCGCAUAUCUACGGAAGACAUUUGAGCAGGAACCCCUGGGAAAGGAAGUAUCUUUGGAACAAGAAGUCUUGCUCCAGUGUCGACCACCUGAAGGGAUCCCAGUGGCUGAGGUGGAAUGGUUGAAAAAUGAAGACAUAAUUGAUCCCGUUGAAGAUCGGAAUUUUUAUAUUACCAUUGAUCACAACCUCAUCAUAAAGCAGGCCCGCCUCUCAGAUACUGCAAACUAUACUUGUGUUGCCAAAAACAUUGUUGCCAAGAGGAAAAGCACGACUGCAACUGUCAUAGUCUACGUCAAUGGUGGCUGGUCCACCUGGACAGAGUGGUCUGUGUGUAAUAGCCGCUGUGGACGAGGGUAUCAGAAACGCACAAGGACCUGCACCAACCCAGCACCACUCAAUGGUGGUGCCUUCUGUGAAGGGCAGAGUGUGCAGAAAAUAGCAUGUACCACCUUAUGCCCAGUGGAUGGCAGGUGGACUUCAUGGAGCAAGUGGUCUACUUGUGGGACCGAGUGCACACACUGGCGCAGGAGGGAGUGCACGGCGCCCGCCCCCAAGAACGGAGGCAAGGACUGUGAUGGCCUCGUCUUGCAAUCCAAGAACUGCACUGAUGGGCUUUGCAUGCAGACUGCUCCUGACUCAGAUGAUGUCGCUCUGUAUGUUGGCAUUGUGAUAGCUGUGAUAGUUUGCCUGGCCAUUUCUGUAGUGGUGGCCCUAUUUGUGUAUCGCAAGAACCAUCGCGACUUUGAGUCUGAUAUCAUUGACUCCUCAGCACUCAAUGGAGGCUUUCAGCCUGUGAACAUCAAGGCAGCGAGACAAGAUCUCCUGGUGGUACCCCCAGACCUAACAUCAGCUGCAGCCAUGUACAGAGGACCCGUCUAUGCUUUGCAUGAUGUCUCAGACAAAAUCCCAAUGACUAACUCUCCAAUUCUGGAUCCACUGCCCAACCUGAAAAUCAAAGUCUACAACACCUCAGGUGCAGUCACCCCCCAAGAUGACCUCUCUGAGUUUGCAUCAAAGCUGUCUCCUCAGAUGACCCAAUCCUUGUUGGAGAACGAGGCCCUCAAUGUGAAGAAUCAGAGUCUAGCAAGGCAGACUGACCCAUCCUGUACGGCGUUUGGCACCUUCAACUCUCUGGGGGGUCACCUUAUUGUUCCCAAUUCAGGAGUAAGCUUGCUGAUUCCCGCUGGGGCCAUUCCCCAAGGGAGAGUCUACGAAAUGUAUGUGACUGUACACAGGAAAGAAAAUAUGAGGCCAGCCAUGGAAGACAGCCAGACACUCUUGACCCCUGUGGUGAGCUGUGGGCCUCCAGGAGCCCUGCUGACCCGCCCCGUCAUCCUCACUAUGCAUCACUGCGCAGACCCCAAUACCGAGGACUGGAAGAUACAGCUCAAGAACCAGGCAGCACAGGGACAGUGGGAGGAUGUGGUGGUGGUUGGGGAGGAAAACUUCACCACCCCUUGCUACAUUCAGCUGGAUGCAAAGGCUUGCCACCUCCUCACAGAGAACCUCAGCACCUAUGCCCUGGUCGGGCAGUCCACCACCAAAGCUGCUGCGAAGCGCCUGAAGCUGGCUAUCUUCGGGCCGCUUUGCUGCUCCUCUCUGGAGUACAGUGUUCGAGUCUACUGUCUGGACGACACCCAGGACGCCCUGAAGGAAGUAAUGCAGCUUGAGAGACAGAUGGGAGGACAGCUCCUAGAAGAACCUAAGGCUCUUCAUUUUAAAGGCAGCACCCACAACCUGCGCCUGUCGAUUCACGAUAUCACCCAUUCCCUCUGGAAAAGUAAAUUGCUGGCGAAAUAUCAGGAGAUUCCUUUUUAUCAUAUCUGGAGUGGGUCUCAAAGAAACCUCCACUGCACAUUCACCCUGGAAAGAUUUAGCCUGAACACAGUGGAGCUGGUUUGCAAACUCUGCGUGCGACAGGUGGAAGGAGAAGGGCAGAUCUUCCAGCUCAACUGCACCGUGUCAGAGGAACCCACUGGCAUCGAUCUGCCUCUGCUGGACCCGGCGAACACCAUCACCACCAUGACGGGCCCCAGUGCUUUCAGCAUCCCUCCCCCUAUCCGGCAGAAGCUCUGUAGCAGCCUGGACGCCCCACAGACCAGAGGGCAUGACUGGAGGAUGCUGGCCCAUAAGCUGAACCUGGACAGGUACUUGAAUUACUUUGCCACCAAAUCCAGCCCGACUGGCGUAAUCCUGGAUCUCUGGGAAGCACAGAACUUCCCAGACGGCAACUUGAGCAUGCUGGCGGCUGUCCUGGAAGAAAUGGGAAGGCAUGAAACCGUAGUGUCUUUAGCAGCAGAAGGGCAGUAUUGACCCACGCCGGGACUGGAAGUGAAGGACGGGAAGGCACUGGGGGUCUGUGGCCAUCCAGGGCAUCGCCGUGGAGAAGGAAAUCCAGAGUAGACCAUGACCGAUGAGUUUCACAGGCAAGACUGCAAGCGGGAGAGAGAAGGCAAGCAGACGCAGCUGCUGACAGACAUGCCCACUGCACGCGGACAUCAUCACAGUACUUAAGGACAAUUGUGUAAAUUUGUACCUUGAAUUUAGAGACCGACCUAAUUUUCCUCUUAGUUGGGCUGUAUGCUGUGUGGUACAGGAUCUUACAGUUUCCUAGGAAACGCUUUUUAUUGCUAUCCAGGUAUAUGGAUAAACUUUCUUAACAAACCCAAUUUCUACAAACGUUGUUUACAUCAGAUUGGACAGGGAUGCAGACACUGUCCAUGGCUCGUUCUAUUUUUGUUUAAAUCAUUUGAAGUUGAAGCUGUGGACGGUUUGUUGUGUCUAUUUCAGAUUAGUAAUUUACAGAGAAAUCACAGACUUUUGCUACAAACUGUGUGCAUCAAGUGUCUCAGAUAAUCCUCCCCAUCGGUGUUCUAUUUCUAGAACUUGUAGAACCAGUGUUACUGUUUGUAUCAGGGAAGUGGAGAAUCUAAGUAUAAAAGAGAAAUAACUAAGACUCCUUAUUCCUUGAGGGUACCCGUCUGGUCACCCUCUGGGAAUAAAGCUGUAGCAUUGCAGGGAAGACCAUGAUUCAUGUUCAGCCACACAAACAAGCGUUUCUUCACCACGUGUGUGUUUGUAAGAUGCAGUUUGAAGUGUUUUGGGUUUUUUUUUUAUAAAAAAAGGUAUCAUUAUUAUCACUAUUACUAUUAUUGAUGAUAUUUACAAGUAUUCUAGUAAAAGGGUUUUUCUUUUAACUUCUGUUUUUGUUAGCAGUACUGUUAGUAUUUAGGUAUUGACUAGACCUGCCUCACCUUCUGACGGGAUUAGGUGGGCGUGGUCACCAGUUUAAUUAAACAGGCUUUGCUUCCUUGACCUUUUAUCUUUCUUGCAUCCUUCUACCCCAGAAACAUAGUCAAUGCUUACUGGCUUUGUCAGUCUCUUCUUUCAGCUGGCUCAGACAAGGUCUUUCUCCUCCAAGUCUUGUUGUGAGAAGCGUUCUCAACUAAAGUUCACUGAACACUGUGGUUCUGUGACCGCAACCCUGACACCCCCCUCACCCCGGGUACUCUGUCUACUCGAGAGGCUGUGUGCCUGGAGGAAGAGCCUCUGAGCUGGCAACUGGAAACCCGGUUCUCAUUCUGGGUGUAUCAUUGUCUAGCUGUGUUCCCCUGGGAGAGUCAUUUAACCUCACUGGACCUCAGUUCCCUCAUAUGUCAAAUGAAGGGGUAGAAGUAGUAGGUCUUCUCAAGGUUCUAAAAUGCUGGACUCCUACUAUGAUGUCUCCAGUCUCCUUCAUCAGUCCGAGGACCACCAUGGACUCUGAGCUGGAUCCUUUAAAGAGUCAGCUAGUCUCUUGCCCAGGCUACUGUAUGCCUUCCAAAUAGUUCCAGCUUGGAAGAGGAAGAUUCUAACCUGUAGCCUAUUUGUCACGCUUUCAAGCCUUGUCUCUGGGCUGCUCGCCAAGAGACAGCAUCCCUUUAUUAUCAUUUUCUUUUCUCUCUUGGGGCCACUUGCCUUCCUGACCGAUUGCAAAUUAUGUUCUAUUAUUGUCUUACUCAGACUUUUUUAAAUUAAAAAAAAUUAACUGA